UCGGGGGCGCGGUGCCGCCCGCAUCCCUCUCUCCAGGCUCCCGCCUAUCGCAGACUGCAGGCCCGGCCCCGCAUGGGGAAUGUGCCCUCCGCGGUGAAGCACUGCCUCAGCUACCAGCAGCUGCUCCGGGAGCAUCUCUGGAUCGCGGAUUCAGUGCCAGGGGCGCUCGACCCCGCGCAGGAAGCAUCCCCGUUAUCUGGACUCCCCGAGUAUGUUAAAAUAGUAGAAGUUGGACCUCGCGAUGGAUUGCAGAAUGAAAAGGUUAUAGUUCCUACAGAUAUAAAAAUUGAAUUUAUCAAUCAACUUUCCCAAACUGGCUUGUCUGUAAUAGAAGUGACCAGCUUUGUGUCUUCCAAAUGGGUACCACAGGUUGCUGCUGGGGCCACAGAGAUAUCUGUUUUUGGUGCUGCAUCUGAAUCCUUUAGCAAGAAGAAUAUUAAUUGUUCUAUUGAAGAAAGUAUGGAGAAGUUUGAGGAGGUUGUUAAGUCUGCAAGGCACCUGAAUAUUCCAGCACGAGGGUAUGUGUCUUGUGCCCUGGGCUGUCCAUAUGAAGGAAGCAUCACACCGCAAAAAGUGACAGAAGUAUCUAAGAGAUUGUAUGGCAUGGGCUGCUAUGAGAUCUCUCUGGGAGACACUAUUGGAGUGGGAACUCCAGGAAGCAUGAGGAGAAUGUUGGAAAGUGUCAUAAAGGAAAUCCCACCCACUGCUCUUGCUGUUCACUGCCAUGACACAUACGGACAAGCCUUAGCCAAUAUCCUCACGGCCCUUCAGAUGGGGAUCAACGUGGUGGACUCUGCAGUCUCAGGAUUAGGUGGCUGCCCUUAUGCAAAAGGUGCUUCUGGAAAUGUAGCCACUGAGGAUUUGAUAUAUAUGCUUAAUGGCCUGGGGCUCAAUACAGAUGUGAAUCUUCACAAAGUAAUGGAAGCUGGUGACUUUAUUUGCAAAGCGGUGAAUAAAACCACAAACUCGAAGGUAGCACAAGCCUCCUACAAUGCUUGACAUGAAUGAAUUUGUGACUCAAGGCUGAGGAGAUCCAUUUCAGCUACAGAUAUGCACCUAAAGAUCAUUCCUGUCAACUUGUUCUGAAAUGUGAAGGAAUAGACACAAGUUGGGGGGGAAAGAGAUGCCUUUCAGAAGAGUACAAGUGGACCCAUUUUGAAGUCAACACAAAGUGAGACCAGUCAUCAGGUAAAUCACAAGCUGAAGCUAAAUAAUAAAAUUUGUAGAUAUGCUUUUGAACAUGGAGAAAAGUCUACCCUUUUGUUCUUAGAGAACUCACUUGUUAAUUUAGUAGAUGUGAAAAUUGAGUUCAGCUUUCCCUAAGAUUUCCCUAAAUACCAAAUACUGUGUGAAAUACUUAAUCAAGCAGGCUUACCACCAUGUACGUACCGUCAGUAGUUUAUGAGCCCUGCUUAGUGUGCAAAGUGUGUGGCCUUGAUAUGCGUUAUGCCUUUGGAUCUCAGCUUCCCAUUUGCCAAGUCAGUUAAAUAAUGGACCAAGCGCCAGAUCUCCAGCCGACCCCACAUACUUGUUAGCAAUAGAACUUCUACAUUUCAAGUAUGGCUAACAUCUGUUAACUAUUUCAAUGACUUUAUCUUGUUCCAAGAGGCUGUGGUCAAUGGCAAGACGCCAUAUCCUGGAAACAUAUUACGACCUCCCGUAUUUGUUACAUGCUUCCAGUUUACCAUGCUUUUUCUUUCAUCAGUUAUAGUAAAAACCAGCAUGGUGUUACUCAACUGUGGAGAAACAGAAGGCAUGACUUUCAUCUUGCUGUCUAAACUGCAGUGAUGAGAAUAGAUUGAUACAUGUAGCAUAAUUCACAUUCGUAAUUGUCAGAUCACGUCCAAAUUGCUGGAGGAAAUGUCAUUGUAAUCCUAAGAAUGUGUUAUUAAGCCAGUUUUUAAUUCGUGAAAUAAACUGUUUUUCAUCGAUUUAGGGCACUUUGAUUAAAUCACAUCUUCUUGUUGACUUUUUUAUGGUUAUUUUUAAAGUUGAAGUGGCUGAAAUUUUAUCUUUUGUACUAGAAAGAAUUGCCAGAAAUAGCAAAAAGUAAUAUAUCAAGUUGAGAAGAGGAACAGGAGGACUAUGUUAAGAAAAACAUUUCUGUAACUUAUGCAAAUAAUGUGGAGACAGUAUUAUUACAUAUGUGUCUAAAACAUCAGUUCUAUUAUUUAUGUAGACUUCUCCAAUAAUAUUGGGCGAUCUUAUCUUUGAAUAAAUUUGAAUAUAACUUGAAAUAUGAA